AUGCCGCCGUUCGGUCCGGACCGCGAGCGCGGCGGCGGCGGCGGCGACGACGACGCGACGGAAACGGCCCGCGGACCGUGCUUCGGAAAUAAUUAUUUCGGACCCGCAACGGCGGACCGUCAUUGUUAUUACAACGUUACGUGGUACUGCGUAUACGCGCGCGACGUGCUCGGCCGCGCGCCACCCGUCGCGCGUUCCGUGUUCGCUUUGAGCGUCCGGUCCGAGUUUCGCAAACUCCGCCGCCGACGUCCGCCCGUUUCCGGCGCACAACGCGGUGGCGGCGCUGUUACGGCGUACGCGACGUAA